CAAGCAUGUCUGGUCGUGGCAAAGGAGGCAAAGGUUUGGGCAAGGGCGGCGCCAAGCGCCAUCGCAAGGUUCUUCGCGACAACAUCCAAGGGAUCACCAAGCCCGCCAUCCGCCGUCUAGCUCGUCGUGGCGGUGUCAAGCGUAUCUCUGGCUUGAUCUAUGAAGAAACCCGCGGCGUGCUCAAGGUGUUCUUGGAAAACGUCAUCCGCGAUUCCGUCACGUACACUGAACAUGCUCGCCGAAAGACCGUGACAGCCAUGGACGUUGUGUAUGCGUUGAAGCGUCAAGGCCGUACUUUGUACGGGUUUGGGGGUUAAGCCCAUGCUUCUUGCACGGCUGUUUUGUAUCAUAUAUAAUACUUCAACCAAUAUUACUAGUGUUUGGUUAAUCGA